GAUUGAUUAACUAUAGCAACCCAUCCAGUGAAAGGAUCGAUUUUCAUUUCUUUUGUCUUAUGUGUCAGAAAAAGCAAAGAUAAAAACCUUUCCUUUUUUCUUUUUUUUUUGGAUAAGAAAAACCCUUCCUUUGUUACACUAUGAACCCCAGCUGCAGCAAGAUGAAAACAGUUUCUCUUGUCCACAAAGCAGCAGAACUGGCAAAUAGAACACUAGUUUUUGAUUUUGAGGGUACUCUGUUACGAUCCACUUCAUUAUUCCCUUACUUUAUGCUGGUUGCUUUUGAAGCUGGUGGGCUACUAAGAUCUUUCAUCUUGUUUCUUUCAUACCCUUUGGUGUGGUUGGUUGGUGAAGAACAUCUGGGCUUGAAGAUUAUGGUUUUCUUGUGCUUUUUCGGUAUAAAAAAGGACACAUUCAGAAUAGGAUUAGCUGUUCUGCCAAAGUUUUUCUUAGGAGAUGUUGGGUGGGAAGGCUUUGAAGCUGUAAUGUGUUAUGAGAGAAAAGUGGCAUCCAGUAAGUUACCAAGGAUCAUGGUUGAAGGUUUCCUCAAGGACUAUAUAGGGGUUGAGACUGUUGCAGCAAGAGACUUGAAGUCCUUUAGGGGGUACUUUAUGGGAUUGUUUGAAAAGAAUAAGUCAAAUAAUACCCCUUCAUAUGAAAAUUACCAUAAGGAGCUUUUCCACCAUUUCAAGGAGGUUUACUUGAUGAGCUCUGAUGAGAGAAGAAAUUGGCGUGUCCUUCCAAGGGAGAGGUACCCGAAGCCAUUGAUCUUCCAUGAUGGUAGAUUGGCUUUCAGACCAACCCCUGCAUCUUCUCUAGCUUUCUUCAUGUGGUUACCCCUUGCACUAUUUCUUUCCAUUUUCAGAAUUACAUUUGGCGUUUCAUUACCCUUCAAUGUGUCUGCUCCAAUAUUAGCACUCUCAGGGACAAGAACCACUGCUUCAGGACCCCAUAACUCUUUGUCUUUGGUCCAGAAUGAAGAAAAGGAAAAGGGCAUGCUCUAUGUGUGCAAUCACAGAACCUUGCUUGACCCACUUUAUAUUGCAUACGUUUUGGACAAACCACUAUCUGCUGUCACAUACAGCUUGAGUAGAUUAAAUGAACUUGUUUCCCCUAUCAGAACUGUACGUCUAACCAGAGACAGAGAGAAAGACAGAGAAGCAAUGGAGAAACUAUUGAACCUAGGCAGCCUUGUGGUCUGUCCUGAGGGAACAACUUGCAGGGAACCUUAUUUGUUAAGGUUUAGUCCUUUGUUUGCUGAACUUACUGAUGAUAUUGUUCCUGUUGCUGUGGAUGUUAAUGUUAGCAUGUUCUAUGGAACAACAGCUAGUGGGCAUAAAUGGUUGGACCCCUUUUUUCACCUCAUGAACCCAAAUCCCACAUACUUCAUUAAAGUUCUCCCGAGGUUACCACAAUCUCAAACAUGUCAGGGUGGUGGAAAAUCCAGUAUUGAAGUUGCUAAUUUGGUGCAAAAUGAGAUAUGCAAUGCUUUAGGGUUUGCAUGCACCAACUUGACAAGGAAAGACAAGUAUACGCUCUUGGCGGGUAAUGAGGGUGUGAGCCCACGCCAUAACAGCCCGUAGCUACUAGCUUUUGUGUGUUACACCUUGAAUGCUCCUUGCUAUUUCGUUUGGAAUAAAGUGAAGAAGAUUCCUCAUUGGAAUAGUGUUACAGGGAGGACUUUUAACAUGCUCGAGUUUUUUUUUCUUUUUUGUAAGUAAGUUUUAAUGCUUUUAUAGUGCCACACUUGUAAUAUUAUUAGUUAUAUAUAAAAUCCUUUUAAUAAAAUUAUGUUCAAAGUGAAAUUGUCUCUAA